UGGUGUUAUUACAAUCCAAGGCAAAUAGGGUCACUGUUCUCGUUUGUCUUUCUACAAAACUUACUAGUUACAUUUCUUCACAUUUCUUCUCAAAGAUCUGUGAUCAUGUUCGUAAAGGCCGUAUUGAGUGUAUUUAUUUUUUUAUUCGUUCUUGUAACAGUAAAUGCAUUGUGUAGCCAUCCAUGUUCUCGAGUCAACAGAGGCGAAUUUGUUGAUGAAACAAAUACAUACACAUUUUCAUGUACCAAUACAUCAAUUUUAUCUGUGAAUAAUGGAGAAGAAUUAAGAGAAUGUUAUGCAAGGCUUGGAGCCUUUCUUGUAGUCAGGAAUGGUGAUAGAUACAGAUGUGUUAAACACACCCUAUAUGACCGUACCGCCCGAAUAAUAUUUGUUUAUGUUACACCUUACAGAACAUUUUUAAGUGAACCAUCAAUUUGUGAUGUCUGUUCAGGAACAUUUACAUCAGCUUUAUUUGUCGCUAAAGGACAAGAUUAUCAAGCUGCGAAAUUACGAACACCACCACGAUUGGGAUGUAACAGACCGCCACUCUGUCCUAUUACCGACUACGCUAAUGAUAGACCAUGUACUGGAUGUGAACCACAGGAAGAUGACGGAUUAGGAUGCUCAAGAUGUAAAACAUGCAAAAGAUCAUACAAUUAAAAAACAUGAAAUCCUAA